AUGGCUGAUCCCCGCGUUGAAGAAAUCCACGAUGACGAAGUCUCCAAGACCGUCGAGGAGAGCUCCUCUGAGUCUGGCUCCGAGGCUGGCGAUGAGCCCAACAUUCCCGCCGGUGCCUCCGUCGCUAUCCACUCCCGUGGUGAGAAGAAGGCUCGCAAGGCCAUCGGCAAGCUCGGCUUGAAGCUUGUCCCUGGCAUCACCCGUGUCACUCUCCGCCGUCCCAAGAACAUUCUCUUCGUUGUUAACCAGCCCGAGGUUUACCGUUCCCCCAACAGCAACUGCUGGAUCAUCUUCGGUGAGGCCAAGAUUGAGGACCUGAACUCCCAGGCCCAGGCUUCCGCCGCCCAGCAGCUCGCUGCCUCCGAGGCCGCCGGUGACCACGCCGGUCACGACCACGAGGAGAUUCUCGGCAAGGCCAAGGCCCCCGAGACCGAGGAUAAGAAGGAGGAUGAGGAGGAUGAUGGUGAGGAGGUUGAUGAGUCCAACCUUGAGUCCAAGGAUAUCGAGCUGGUUAUGGCACAAGCAAACGUUUCCCGCAAGAAGGCCGUCAAGGCUCUCCGGGAGAACGACAACGAUAUCGUUAACUCCAUCAUGGCUCUCAGCAUAUAA